CCUACAACUGCAAUGCUAUAGGUCAGGCUAGUCAGGUAUGUAGUAUGUGUAGAAUCACGUGGAAUGUAAGAAUCAGACCAUUUCAGUUUAAGGUUAUAUACUGUAACUGUAAGUUCAUUGUUAAUAAAUAACAGUUGUAUUUUGGCGAUUCGCGUUAUAUUUCGCGCGACUCGUAUUCAACGAAAAGAUGUGUAAUAUCAAUUAAAAUAUCCAUCAGCGACACAAAAGACAUAAUUAUAUGACGAGAUAGCUGCCAUGGAUGACGAGUGUCAAGCUACGGAGAACGAUGAGAUAGCUGCCAUUGAUUACGAGUUACAACAAAUAGAGAAUGAGCUACAAAAAUUGCAAGAUCGUAAAAAAUUAUUGACGCAACGCAAAGAGAAAUUGCGCGACGACGUUCUUUUAAAAAAAAGUUUUUCUCUAUCUAAGAGAAAUUGGGACAAUGAAGAUUUCGCUUGGUCCGCAAAACUUGCGGAAACGUUAAAGGAUGUGUUCAAGAUAGAGAAGCUACGAGAGUUACAGUUAUCGACUAUGAAUGCAGUCAUGUCCAAGGAAGAUGUCAUAUUGAUUAUGCCUACGGGCGGUGGUAAGAGUUUAUGUUAUCAAUUGCCGGCUGUAAUCAGUAAAGGUGUAACAGUGGUAGUUUCACCAUUAGUAUCCUUAAUGGAGGAUCAGUUGCAUGGAUUGCGUAAACUCGAUAUAAAGGCUAACAUGCUGUGCUCAAAGGCCACAAAGGAGAGCGUCAAGAUUAUUAUGUCGGCUCUUGUGGAUAAAAACUCUCCUCUCAAACUGAUUUACGUAACGCCGGAAUAUAUGGCAAAAUCCAAUCGCUUUAUGAAUAAACUGCAAAAAGCACAUGAGCUGGGGCAUCUAGAACGGUUUGCGAUCGACGAAGUGCAUUGUUGCAGUCAAUGGGGUCACGAUUUCAGACCCGAUUAUAAAUUCUUGGGAGUAUUAAAAUCCAUGUUCCCUGGAAUAUCGAUUCUAGGUCUCACCGCGACGGCUCCAGCUAAAAUCAUCGUAGACGUGCAGAAAAUGCUGGACAUUAGUGGUUGCCUAGUUUUACGAGCUUCAUUCAAUAGGCCCAAUUUAUAUUACGAAGUUCGUCGCAAACCGUCGGACAAGGAAAUGUGCCUUGCGAUGAUAGAAAAUCUGUUGAAGAAUCGAUUUAACGGCAAGUCGGGUAUAAUUUACACGACUACGAUUAAAGAUGCAGAACAAUUGACGACUGAUUUAAGAGGCAGAGGCAUCAAAGUUGGAUGCUACCACGCAAUGCUCGAAGCCAACUACCGAUCAGAAGUCUAUUCCAAAUGGAUGUCGGGCAAAUAUCAAGCGGUAGUGGCGACUAUCGCUUUUGGAUUAGGCAUUGACAAACCGGAUGUACGAUUCGUGAUUCAUCAUUGUAUUUCAAAGUCGAUGGAAAAUUUUUAUCAGGAGAGCGGUCGAGCGGGUAGAGACGGCAAAAAGUCAGUGUGUCUGAUGCUCUACAGAUUAGCGGAUACAUUUAAAUUGAGUACCAUGGUAUUUCAAGAUAAAGUCGGACUGCACAACUUGUACAAAGUAUUGGUGUAUUGCUUAGAUCAAACAUCCUGUAGACGGAGUUUGAUAGCAACUCACUUUGAAGAAAAUUGGAAGGAAAACGACUGCGCCGAGAUGUGUGAUUAUUGUAGGAAGCCUAGAGUUCAAAAAGAGACUGACGUAGCACAUUAUUGCAGACAAUUGUAUCAAAUUAUGACUAAAGCCGUGCAAAGCGAAACACGAUUGACUGCACUGAAACUCAUAGAUGCUUGGUAUGGUAAAGGAGCCUCAUCGUUGCGAGUUUCUAACGUGCCCGUGCCAAGCUUUACGAGAGAAACCGCAGAGGCUAUUGUAGGGCAUUUACUGAUAAAUGGUUAUCUGCAAGAGGACUUUUAUUUUUCAGCAUAUUCUACGAUAUCGUAUCUUAAACGCGGACCUAAAUCAGGACUGGCUCUUGACAACAAUCACAAGAUACUCUUUAACUACGAGCUUUAUUAAAUUAAAUUACUUAUAAUCAA